AUGGGAGCGCUCCGCGGGGCCGUGCGCGCGCUGCCGGCUCCGCACCCGUCGGUGUCGUGUCUGGUCGUCCUGUGGGUGUCUGUCGGAGCCGCGGUGCCCCUGCUGGGCGGUGAGCCUGACUGCGGCCUGGACAAGUACAAGCCGGACGGUCUCGAGUGGUGUUGCAAGAAGUGUCCCGCUGGCUCUCACGUCAGCAGACACUGUGGUGCAAACCAUGGUGUUCCGCUGUGUAGCCAGUGUGAACCCGGAACCUUCCUCGCCUACCAAAACGGGCAGACCAGCUGCCAACCGUGCACUACAUGUCGAGCAGACCAGGAGGUGGUGGCAGCCUGCACACAGACCAGCGACCAGCAGUGUCAGUGCAAGACGGGGAGCUUCUACUGCGACUCACUGAACUGCGUGGAGAAUUGCCUCCGGUGUCGCAGAUGUGCUGGUGCUGUCAUUCGGCCCUGCAAUGCCACACAUGAUACGGUCUGUGACUCGGACGCUGGGGCAGACACACCAGGGAAACAAACACCCAAGGAUGUGUCCGUCCAUGGGUUCAAAAUAGUCAUUGUCGUCCUCGGGAUCUUUCUCUGCAUCAUCAUCACCAUCGUCCUCUUCUACGUCUUCCUUUACUGCCGUAAGAGGAAAGGUUUGUGGCCUCGGUGGUGCUUCAUCAGCUUCUGGAGAGGAAGGGCAGGCGGGCCGGACAGCACUACUUGCCCUCGGCACAGUGAGUCUCUGGUGCCCUUGAAUUCUGAGAACGAGCAGCCAGCCGCUGACAUGGAAGCGUCCUCGCCAGGGGCCAGGCUGGAGAACGAGGGCUUAGCCUCGACGCCCACGGCCGCGCCCCGCCCAGCGCCCUCCGAGGAGCCGAUGCAGGGGGCAGUCGGGGGGAGCCCCGCGAUGCCACAGCAAGCGCUCCAGAGUGCAGACCCGAUGGCCCCUGGGGCCCCCUCCCUCAGGACCCUGGAGCAGGAAUAUGAAGCUAAGUAUUUUGUGAGGGACCUGUCCCGUGAAGCCCGGAUCUACUAUAAGUUUGAAAGAAGCAUCUCUGAUAAAGACUGGAAACCAUUCAUGAGGUUCCUCGGACUAGAGGACAGUGACAUCGACAACUGUGAGAGCCAGUACCCCAGCGACGUGAUGGAGCAGCACCACCAGAUGCUGCGUGUGUGGAGGAACGGCACGGGGAAGGGCGCCUCUGUGUUCAGCCUGCUCGCGGCGCUCCAUAAGAUGCAACUGCGGAUGUAUUUGGAAAAUAUCAUAAACUGGUUACUCGACGAAGGACUCUUGGGCAGACGUGCGGAGACCUCUGAUUAAACUUCGGGCUCGGGUUAUGCCUGUAACCGGGAUCCUGAAUGGGUGUGAUCUGACCUCCGUUCCCAGUUUGUAUCUUACUGGAAACUUCUUGAGUUCGUGACGGAACGGUCCGCACUUUCUAGUAGAUUGUUUGCAAUGGGGAGGUCAGGUCUGUAUCCCAGCGAGAGUGCUUCCUGUCUGACAAGACUAGCUGUGGGGACUGCCUGUGGCUGAGGUGCUGGAUUUGCGCAGGGUCUGAUGGUUCAGCGAGUCCUGAGCUGGGUGGCCGGGGAGCCACGGACGGCACCCUCCGUCUGCAGCCCUUUCCCCAGACACUGGGGCUAGAGUUUUCUGCCCUGAUCAGCUCUUGGGUCUCAGAUCUGGGAUGUCCCUGUGACCUAGAAGGUGGUGUGAGUGUGACUGAGGUUCCUCAGUAUAAGCCUGAGUAUUAGCAACUCAGUGACAGGCAUCCUCUACGUAGUUGUUGGGGGUUUUAUUUCUAAGUAUGUAUGGUUAGAUUCAAUUAUAAAAAUCAUGGUUUGACCUUACGGUGUAUAUAGCAGAAGUAGUGGUAAUGUUUAUAGCAUUAAAUUGUUUUGUGUAUUU